AGGAAUUAAAGGUUGGAAGGAAAUAUCUGUUUGAGAAGAUAGGAAAAGGAAAUUUGAGAAUUGAUUGGUGCUAGUGUGCUGUAAGUGGGUGGAUGGUUUUUUUUUUUUCUUUUUUUUUUUUUUUGCUACAGGAAGUGAUUUGCAGUGUUCACUGAGCCUUUUGUUGAAAAGGGUCCUUCUCAUUUGUGUGAGUCAUGCUUUUGCUGUGAGCGAGUUGGCAGCUCUAAGCAGGACUGGGAUCUCUGUCAUAGAAAACUGUUACUUCACCCAACCUUAACGGGGAACCAUAAGAAAUUUCUUAAAAAUAUAUAUUUUUUUGUUCUUCCUUUUACUCUUUUCUUUUUUACCCCAAAAUCUAGUUAUCCAUCCAUGUUGUUAUGAAUCGCCUGCUAUGUUAGCACAGGCAUCUCCUGUGUUGGCAUCAGAUUUGCCAGAACAUAUGCAGGAAACCAGAUAGAAGGGCAUGCUUCAACGUACCAAGUAUAACCGCUUCAGGAAUGAUUCGGUGACAUCAGUUGAUGAUCUUAUUCACAAUUUGUCCAUGAACAGCAAGGUCUCAGCAGUUGCUACGACUUCAACAGCACCUUCGUACCUGGUCUCGCCAGAGGUUCUCCGCAAGGACCAAGAAGAUGGACCCACCACCCUGUGUACCCUCAUCCAUAAAGUGUCCCACUUGAAACUCUCUCACACGGGCAGUCUUUUGGGUAUCAAAAACCUCUCCUCUGCAGUAAAGGAGCUUGCUGUCUCCAAGUUGCAGGGAAGCUCGAGUGCUUCUAGCUCAGCAGCAGGGGCUUCAGACAACACAUGUAACCUUGUCUCUGCCACUUCGUGUUCUCAGCAGGACGUGAGCAAGAUGAGUAUGGGGAAAAAAACACGGUCAGAGGAAAUGCAUCCGGGAGGUGAAGACUGGAAUCAAAGUAGCAGCUUUGUCAAUAAACCCUCUCGAGGAUGGCUGCACUCGAGUGAGAAGAUCCUGGGACCUGGUGUGACAUACAUUGUGAAGUACUUGGGGUGUAUAGAAGUCUUACGCUCAAUGAGAUCUCUUGACUUCAAUACUAGAACACAGAUUGCAAGGGAAGCAAUCAGUCGUGUUUGUGAAGCCGUGCCUGGUGCCAAAGGAGCCUUCAAGAAACGAAAGCCACCAAGCAAAGUUCUUUCUAGCAUCUUGGGAAAGAGCAACCUUCAGUUUGCAGGAAUGAGCAUAAUGCUGAAUAUCUCCACCACCAGCUUAAACCUAAUGACUCCUGAUACAAAACAGAUCAUAGCAAAUCACCAUAUGCAAUCUAUUUCCUUUGCAUCUGGAGGUGAUCCGGACACAACUGACUAUGUUGCAUAUGUAGCUAAGGAUCCUGUUAAUCGGAGAGCUUGUCAUAUACUGGAAUGCUGUGAUGGCCUGGCCCAGGAUGUCAUCAGCACCAUAGGGCAAGCGUUUGAGCUUCGAUUCAAGCAAUACUUGCGAUGCCCCAGUAAGAUACCUACCUUCCAUGAUAGGAUGCAGAGUUUCGAUGAGCCUUGGAUGGAGGAAGACACCGAGGCAACAGAACAUCCGUAUUACAACAACAUCCCAAACAAAAUGCCCCCCCCCGGUGGCUUCAUUGAUGCCAGGCUCAAAGCAAGACUUCCCACUGCUGCAGAUAUAGCUCAGGCUGCAGCAGGAGUGGGAGGAGAGCAAACCUAUUACCAGAGUCGUCACUUAGGAGACAAAUUCAAUGAAGACUGGCAUCACGGGCCUGUUAAGCAAGGAUCUCUGGAUAUUUGUAGUAUGCUGGAAGGGAAAUCACAAGUCACCCCAACAGCAGAGAUGCCAACGUACGUAAACACCCAGCACAUAAAUAUAGAAGCUCUAUCAGCACUUCAGGCAGAUGCUGAAAGUACCUUCAGUGGAACAGCAGAUGAUACCAAAGAGAGCAGCCCAGGAAAGGAUCUGUUCGACAUGAAACCAUUUGAAGACGCCCUCAAGAACCAAACAUCUGCAGCUGCAUUAAACAAAUCCACCUCCACUGGAUGCAGCAGUCCUCUUUUAUCCAGAGCAGCUGACUGGACUGUAGCCGAAGAGCUGAGUACAGAGCCGUGGUAUCAAGGAGAGAUGAGCAGGAAAGAAGCAGAACAGCUGUUAAAAAAAUGUGGAGACUUCCUCGUGAGGAAGAGUACCACGAAUCCUGGCUCCUACGUGCUGACAGGCAUGCACAAUGGACAAGCCAAGCAUCUUCUUUUGGUGGACCCAGAAGGAACUGUUCGUACAAAAGAUCGUGUCUUUGACAGCAUAAGUCAUCUCAUCAAUCAUCAUCUCGAGAAUAAUUUGCCAAUAGUUUCUUCUGGGAGUGAACUCUGCCUGCAGCAGCCUGCUGAGAGGAAACACUGACUCCAGAUAACUGGUUUAGUUUUUGUAAUUUGCAAGCUAUAACUGGUGGAAAUUGCAGAUCUGAGAAAAUGUGUACAUAAAAAAAAAAAAGCAUAUUCACAUAAAUUUCACUAGUAUGUUUUCUUUAGGUUUAAGAAGCCCCAUUUCACACAGUACACUUGAAAAUUCUCAACGCUUUAUGUAGAAUGAAGACACAGCAGAAGGCUUUCUUAAAAAGUAAUUUCAAUAAGAUUGUUCAGAUUCUCUAAUGUGAAUAUUGAUAGUGUAUAUAUACACAUUAUAUAUAUAAAUACAGUAUAUAUUUAUAUUUUUCAACUCAGUCUGUUGACAGUAUAGAAUCAUCUUCUGUGCCAUGUGUUUUUACCAGAAGAAAAAUGCCAAUUGUGAUUGUUCAGAUAAAAACAGAAUUCAGCAGUCUCAAUUCCUUGAGAAAAUGAAUAUUGGGAAUCUUAUUUCUGAUUUUACCUAAGAAGCACAACUAUGGGGAUUACAGGUGGAUUAUGCUGGUUAACCAUGGAAGGAGUCAGAAUUCAGCAGCUAGUAUUCCAACUCGGAAAUUUAGCAUACAGUGAUUUUUAAAAGCUUUAUUUGAUGUCACUGAUAUCAAAAGCAUUUUAUCUUUCUGAUGUCAAGUUUGAAUUCUUAUAUGAUGCUACUCAAAACAUUUGUAUCUUGCUUUAACAAUGAUUUGGUGUGAUCUUUCUGUGUAUGAGGUGUGCACAUUUGAUUUUUCUAACAAUAACACAAUAAUAUUCUGUAACUUUAAUUUAUUAAUUUGAGUGCUAAGGUAGUUCUCUGCUUAUGGUGAAGCUCUAGGUGUCCUUGACUACCAGUCUCCAAUGAGAUGUUACAUACCUAUUAGGCAAGUUCAAAUAACUUGUUUUUAAUAUGUUUCAUGCAAGAUGUACAUGGUUGGUCAAAGACACAUUUGAAAAAUCUUUUCUUCUUAUAAACAGUGAAAACUAUCAUAACUCUGUGGUCAGUUUUGCAAAUGACAUAAUUUGCAUUUACCUACCAAAGCAUAACUUGACUCUGGCCUUCAACAAGUGACAGGUAUUGCAAAUAUACUGCUUUUCUCUCAAUAUCAAGUUGAAAAAUAGACUAAAGAUGCAGUUCUGGCAGAAAUGUCCUUGGCUUUUCAUACUGGGAAAUGUUGUAAGGAAAGUUUGUACUAUUAAAAUGCAUGCACUACAUGAAGUUAGUUUCCUAUUUUAUGAGGCUUAUCAAGAGCCAAAUUCAAUAGACACAGUUCCUGUAAAGGCAAGGUUUGUGCCACAGUCAGGAUUUAGCCUUCAGCAUUCCAAGGUCUUCUGAGGCACCAAUCUUUCAAAUCAAACCUUCAGACUUGAUUCAUAACGGCCAAGAAUCAGCAGGAUAAGUCUAAGUUAAGCACCUGCCUACUCUGAAGUAGUCAAUACUUAAAUCUACUUAAAAUUAGAUUCGGUUCUAAGAAUUUACUGAGUUUAGAAAUUUGUCAAAUUACAACCAAACUGACUGAAGGGAUUCACUUACAAUCCAUUCAGAUUGGAUAUUAUAUUAACAUUCUGAAAUAACUUUCUUAUACCUUCUGCUUGGAAAUAUGUUUAAGUUGCAGCUUGGGAAGUUUGGUAUUGGUUGGUCUCAAGAAUGAAAGUGAUUGAGGCACCUAAGACUAAUCAUGUGAUUCAUGCAAUAAAAAUACACUUGAUUCUGUAAUCAAGACAUUCAGAAGCCAAACUAAGACAUUAGUGAACCAAAUGCUUCUGCUUAAUUUUAUUUCAGAGAGUUAUUAGUUGAUAUUUCUAGGUCUGGGUGGGACGUGAGAGCAAAGAAAAGGAAUUAAAUGCUUCAUUGCAGCCCAAAUUAAUAUGUUAUUGAGGUUGGUGGAGUUCUUAAGGGGUUGUCCUUUUACCAGGUUGGAAAUUGCAGGGGAAGGUGAGGAGAAUCUUAUAUCUCGAAGCAGUAUCCAUCAAAAUUAUUGUAUGUAAGAGCAUCCAUGUCUCACCAUAUUCCAGUUUGGUGGGCCUCAGCUGCCACCUUUUUGUCAUAUAUAACACUUGCCGUUCCAUGCUCCCACCUUCCUACAGCCAUGUCCUGAAAAGUUUUUAGUGUGAUAUCACUAAAAGAAGGCUUCUUUUGUACUUCAAAUGUUGUAUUUCACUUCAGUAAGAGCCAGGUGCCUAACUCCCUUAGGUGCCUUCAAAAAUCCCACCUGCUGCUUAUGUCUGUUUUGGAUUCCUAAAUAUCCUGUCAGUGUAUGCCUGGAAAAAUGUGACAAGAUAUGGGAGUAUGAAUGAAGUCACUAAACAUACACUAAAAUAAGAAUCUAAAAUUUUUUCACCAUUGUCCUAGCUGUAGCUUUAAGAACUUAGCAUCCACUUAGCUGCAUGUUUUGAAAAUUGAAGGGUGGCAAGGAGACACAAAAUGAAACAACUUGACAGAAAUAUUAAAUUCCCCAGACUGCACGUCACAAACUCUGCAUCCAGGAAAAUGUGGCUAUUUUAAGCUGCCUUGUCAGCACCGCCAUUUUGCCCAGCUCAACAUGCCCAUUGAUGAUGCAAAGGUUACACAUAGCUUGAUAAUAGAUGCUCUUUGGUCCUAGGCAGUGUUAGUGCCUUUGGGCUGCAACAUGCCCUGCUGCCACAAUGGGCCAGGAGAUCCUGUCUGGCCAGGUGUGAUGAUCCAGAGGAUUUUCUAAGUCACUGGGAACAAAAUGAUCUCAAAGGUGUCCAGAAGGAAGGGCGGGGGGGGGCAAUCAAUGCUCCUUUUGUGGAUUCUGCCACUGCCUUUUGUCACCGUCACUCUGGUAGGUUUGGCUUUCCCCUGUAUGAAAAUGGUAUAAAAACUAUAUAGCCAUUUGAACAGCAGUUCCAAACCUGUUGUUAGAGUCAAAGACCAUUUCACACUGAGCCCAACAAGAGUGAAUUGAACCUGCUAGCGAGGCAGGGCUUGUUUCUGUGAGGAGCCACCGCUGCCAUCAAUUUAAGACAUGUAGAAAUUAUGAGAUGGGCUCAAAUGCUGUGUGAUUGGCUGAAAACCAGACAGCUGACAGCAUAAUAAUUUGAGCCUUUUAAUGGUUGCUUUUGAUUUUGAGUCCACUCACCUUUAGUUUUAUUCUCAUUUAUGCUAUCUCAAGUGCUCAACGCUUUAUGGUGAUAAUUCAGUACCAUGACUUCAAGAACUUGGAUUUUACUGAAAGAACAAAUUUACUAGACUCAAUCGAAAUCACUGAGAUAAGACAAUAUUAUGGUAUCCUUUGAUAUUUUCCAAGGGGGUAGCUGAGAAGUCAGAACUGAAACUCUAAAUGUCCUGCAAGACUGUCUGUGUUGAUUUUGGGUCCUACCUCAUUACCAGUUUUGAUUCUGGUUGUGUUGCAACUGUGUGGACUACGGGCAAUGAAAAUGCAUAUGAUUUCUUUAAAAAAAGACCUUUAAAAAGUGAGCCAAAUGCUUCUAAUUAAUUUUAUUGUAUAUCUAGAGUAAUUAUUGGGAUAAUAAAAUUUUCCAGUGAGGCUGGCAGUGAUAGAUUGGACAUCGAGGUACCGUCAUAUUCCCAAACUUUUAGUUAUUUCAGAUGCUUCGGAAGCAAUGGAACCUCAAAGAUAGAAAAUGUGAUUUGAAAUCUGAAUUGCCUUCUGACUUCAGUGGGAGUUUGCUCACUGUGAGGACUCCUAGGUUCCCUUCCCUAAUUCAAGAAGAGGAUGUUCAAAUUGGCCAUGCCGGGAUGGGGACCAUAGGAGGAGAUGCAAUUUCCAUGGCUUACUGCCUGCCUCCCUACCCAGGGCUUUGCACACAUGGUGAGGAGAGAAGGUUAUACAGUAGCUUCCCUCCAAUUCUCAUCUUACAGGGUUCGCAAUGGGAGAGAACGCCAGUUCUGCCAGAAUCCUCUCUGCCACACAUGUUCAACACAAGCUUGAACAACGGACAUAGUUCUGGGACCAGGAUUUGGGUGCUAGAUGUGCACUGUCAUGGGAGGAGAACCUGCCAGCACUAGAUUUUCUAUAUCUGGGUUCAUUCUUUUUCUCCUCUGUGGAAAAAUAUGCUCACAUUUCAUAUCAUCAUGGUCCCCAGGCAUCAUGCUGUGCAGUAAGAUGAGGAGAAUUUAUAACAUUUAUACCACAGUGUGAUUGCUGUCGGCACAUCAAGUGCCAGAUGCCAGCUACAAUAGAACUGAUGCAUAUUUAGAUAUUUGUAAGUAGCAAAUCCUCCAUUUGAAAAGUAGCAGAGUUUUGCAGCCUCCGGGAAAUUUAUAGCUCUAAAGGAGAAAUUUGGAACUCGUGAAUGUUCUGACAACAGAUUAAAAAUCCUGCUUUCAAGCCUUUGUUCUUAGCAUCCAAUGUCUAGCUGAAGUAAGUGGCAGAACCAAGAAUUUAUAUUAAGUAAACCAUAUUUGGACAAACAGAGUCUAAGCUGAAGUAACAGACACACUUCCCUUUUUAUCCUCCAGACAUUUUCAAAAUAUGCCUGCAUAAAAUCCAAAUCCAGAUUUACCUUAGUGUACUGUCAAAAAUACGUUGAUUUGCGUGGCCUUUUUGGCCAAAACUAGGGUUGCACUCUCCAGAAACCAAUGCUUGCUCAAAGCUGUCAGGAUAUGGGCAAAUUCCUAGUAAAAGUUGUGUGCCCAGAUGUACUUACUCUACUCACUCGCACACAGCGUCCAUGGGCCUUGCUCACAUCUGCAUUGGAUGCAGCUGGAAGGAGGGUAGGCCUGUGGACAUAAAAUUUGCCUGCAGUUAAACAAAGGCUUGGAUAGGGAGUGAAAAGCUGACUCAGGAGAGAAAACUCCAGGGAUAAGACAUGUGAAGCCUGGAAACACAAGCCAAUAGGCAUACAAGCCACUAAUGAGAGCUGUUGCCAAACUAUAAUCAUGCUAAUUGGUCAGUAGGGUUAAAGCAGAACCUCUGGGGAGGGAAACUGCACAAUAUUCAGGCAAUGCCUACGUCUCAUCUCUUUUUGAGACAUUUAUGUUCGUAAGCCCUGAUCUGUUCCUCUGCAUCCUCCAACAUAAGCAUCUUGUAUGGCUUCCAUUGAGAAAAAGCAGGGCUUUUGUGUUUUUUUGUCUCAGUAAAGGGGGAUAAGGUUUCACAGCUACACAUUUCUAGGGAAAGCACCAUAUAGGGGAAAAACUAAAGAAAAGGUGUUUGACAACAGAACGGGCUGUAGAAAUGAAAGGAAGAAAGAAGCUAAAGCUGUGUGACUCGUUCUGCUACCCCACUUUGUGGGAGGCAGCACUGAUGACUCAGAAAAGGAAGGUAGCCUCAGAUUUAGAGAUUAAGAUGCAGAUAUACAUGUUAUGUAGCUAUCAUGAAGGUCAAACAACAUACAGGUCAAAUAACAGCUUUUUCCAGCAGUCCUCCUUUUUCUUCCAUGGGGCAAAAACCACCAAACACACCCAGAAAAAUAUUCACUCAAAAUAAGGGAAAUUUUUUAUUAAAUGAAGAAUGUAAAGAUUAUAAUUGGUAUAUAUUUGUGUCCUUUGUGGCUGGAUUGGUGUGAUAACUGCUUCUCAGUAAAGUCCUGCAGAAUUAAACCGCAAAAGAAGCCAAGUUUCUUCUUUUUAGGUAGACGUUUUUCUUUGCAUUGUGUGGGCAGCAACAAUGAAACAAAAAAGUUACUAUUUUGCUGUAAAAGGGAGUUUGACUGUACAUUUGUUAUUAAUAUUUAUUACUUUUGGAAACAUUUUUAACUGAGAAUUGCAGGAAAAAUGAUGUAUGUGGAAAUAUUGUGAUCAUUUAUAUUCCCAACGACUUUUGUGAAUCUCAAGUUUUUGCCUGUCUGCUGAUUGUGGUAUUCUGGUUAACAGAGGCAAAUUAUGUCUCUGAGGAAGUCCUUGAGCAAUGGAAUUUGGAAUAUAAGUGUCAUGCAACUGUUUUCUGAUUAUUCAGUUUGUAUAUGAUUACCAAAGUAAUAAAAUAAUGAGCACUACUAUCAAAUCGAAAUGCA